AUGAUGAUGUUAGCCGGUUAUGAAACAACAUUUACUGCUCUAUCUUGGUUCCUUUUCUUCGCCAGUGAAAACCCUCGAGUACAACAUAAGAUGAAAGAAGAAUUGCGAGAGCACAAUCUUCUGAUGACUGAUGAUCUCAAAUGUGUACCAUCGUUAACAUCAGACAAUUUGGCUUCACUAACCUAUUGUGAAUGUGUAACGAAAGAGGUUUUACGUUUAGCUCCUGUUGCUGGACUCACAACGCGUAUGGCUAUGCGAGACACUGUCGUUGACAACGUGAAGGUUCAUCGUGGUCAAACUGUUUUUGUUGCUUUACAUAAUAUCAAUAUUGAUGCUCGUUAUUGGCAUCAUGGUGAUUCUAAACAAUUUAUGUCUGAAAGAUUUUUAGCUGAAGAUAAAGAUCAUCAUCAUUUAGCAAUGAUUCCAUUCAGUUGA